CAGGACUGUUAGAUCCCUAAGACAACAGUAUCUUUGAUAAGUUUUACACUACUUCCUAAACCAUCUGAUUUUUCCUUCCUUCAGAUCAAUCAAGUCAAUGGUCAAACUUAUCACAGACCCUCCAUUACUUCUUGUAUGUGCAUGUAAAACAAAAAAAGCCCAAGAUCUCGCCAUACAACUCCCAAUCAAAUGAACCCCACAUCAUAACUUAAAGAACUUCCACCAUCGCCAAACCAGUGGGCAAGAGGAAACAAUUCCCACUUCUCUUCAUUUCCUUAUCCCCAAACAAAUUACAUGGAACGCCACACCCCCCACCACAAGCGCACCAUUGCAGCAACCCCAGAUCCUAAGUCAUCCAUGGAUCCCACCCUCAAAAAGCACUCCAACAAAACAAACAUCUCUACCAAAACCUCUCACUCAACAUCUCAAAAGAACCCAGAUUCCUCAACUUCUUCUAAACCCUUCUAUUAUAUGACCAAUAGUUUUUCAAGGUUGAACCUUUAUCAUAACAAAGUUCGUUCUUCACAAAAACACAGCAUAAACCCACCUACCAAAGACAUCCAUUUGCAAGCCAAAGCCUUGACGGUUUCUGCUGAUUCUGAUUCCUCCAAGUUCCUGCUCGUUAAACCAAGUAAAUUAAUGCAACCCCAACAGAAGGGUGCAUCCAGAUAUGAAAAAGACGGCCGAAUAAAGGAGGAAAAUUCUAAAGAGAUGAUGAAGAAAUUAUCGAAAGGUGGGCCGUUGAAUAGUAAAAAGAAGGAAGUUCAUAAGGAGGAAGUUUAUGGUAAGGAACUGGUAUUAGUGAGGGAUAAAGAUGUGAAGAAUCUACCACAUGAAGGGCAUGAUGUCAAGAGAGUUCCAGUUUCAUUAGGGCGAAGAAGAUCCUUCUAUGGCUCACAGGUUGAGUUGGCUGGUGCUCUUGCAAAUUGCGGUGUGAAAGUUGUUUCAGUUGAUAUGCCGCCGUUUAUGCAGAUCCAUGCGGUUGAUUUUGCAAGAAAGACUUAUGAUAGCUUAGAAAAGUUUACUGCCAAAACCCUUGCACUCACUCUCAAGAAGGAGUUUGAUGGGGUUUAUGGACCGGCGUGGCACUGUAUCGUGGGAACAAGUUUUGGGUCUUUUGUCACGCAUUCGGUUGGUGGGUUUCUGUAUUUUUCAAUGGAUCAAAAGUUGUAUAUCCUGCUGUUUAAGACCACUGUACAAAAAGCAGAGUGAAGUGGAUGAGAAUGAGUGGUUGAAGUUACAUCAUCCCUAUCCCUAGUCUAGAAUAGAAAAGUUUAGAAAAUAUAAAUCAACAUUGUGUUGUAUUGUCCCAUUUGUGGCUUAUACAUUGGUUUGGCUCAAAGAGUAGGACAUGAAAAAAUCAAUUUUCUUUUUGUUCAA